UAGACGAAGAAAUGCAUGUGUAACAAGUGCAUCAAGAGUCAGUACGGCAAGAGCUAUCGCAUAGAUUGGAUUGAUCUGAUUCUUGGAGUCCAACUCAGGCUUGUUUAACAGGUGGUCGAAGAGCGCAAGCAAUAGGAUAACAAAUUUGUUACAGGAAAUGAAUCAAUCAUUCAAAUAUGCAACAGCUAGCGAGACAGGACUCGAUGGGCCUGAUCAAGUACUGGCUACAGACGUGGACACCACAUGCGAAGCCAACGGCAGAAUUCGGAUAAAGUUAGACAAUAAUGGAUGCAAUUCAUUUCCACCUGCAUCAAUCCCUGGCACUUUCACAAAAACAGCAAAACGUUUUCCUAAUAAUGUAGCGUUAGUGUCUAGACCUGACGUCAAUGGCGAAAGAACCACAUAUACUUAUCAACAAUGCGAACAAAUUGUGAGAACCGUCGCUAAAGCAUUUCUGAAAUUAGGUUUGGAGAGAUAUCAUAGCGUCUGCAUAAUGGGAUUCAACUGCCCGCAAUGGUUUUUCGCCGAUCUCGCGGCCAUGUAUGCCGGUGGAAUCGGUACAGGAAUAUAUACCACGAAUUCUCCAGAAGCGUGCCAGUAUUGCGCGCAUCACUCUCGGGCAAAUAUAAUACUGGUUGAAGAUGAGAAACAAUUGCAAAAGAUCUUACAAAUAAAACAGAAUUUGCCCUAUUUGAAGGCGGUCAUUCAAUUUGAGGGUAAACCUAAAGAAAAGGAUGUCUUGAGUUGGGACGAUUUAUUGGAAAUAGGUAAAAGAGAAACAGAUAAUGAAUUAACAUCUGUCUUAAAAACAAUUGGAGCGAAUGAAUGUUGCAGUAUUGUGUACACGUCGGGAACAGUUGGAAAUCCAAAGGCCGUAAUGUUAAGCCAUGACAAUAUGCUGCAUGAUGCACGGAUGUUGCUCGAAACGACAAAAGUUGCCGAAGGAUCAGAGACCAUGGUUAGCUAUUUGCCAUUGUCUCACGUCGCGGCAAUGUUAACUGACAUUAUGAUGCCCCUAGUCACAGGCGGCACAAUAUAUUUUGCGGACAAGAACGCGCUGAAGGGUUCACUGGUGGAAACGCUGAUCGUGGCGAAGCCGACUAUUUUUUUGGGGGUGCCCAGAGUGUGGGAGAAGAUAUACGAAAAAAUGCAAGAAAAGGCGCGCAGCAACGGCGUAAUAAAAACCUGGAUAGCCAACUGGGCGAAGGCGCAAGGUCUUUAUUAUUACACAAAUAAAAUAAACGGCGUAGAUUACAAACACUGGGGCUAUACUCUCGCAAAGUGGCUCGUUUUCGACAAGGUAAAGGCAGCAUUGGGUCUAAGUAAAUGCCGGUUAUGCAUUACUGGAGCAGCACCCCUACAUACCGACGUCAAAAAGUAUUUUAUGAGUUUGGAUAUACCUCUACUCGAAGUGUAUGGAAUGUCUGAAGCCGCUGGCGCCCAUACACUUAGCUAUAAACAAUACAAUUUUAAUACUGUAGGACUUUCUUUACCCGGGGCGUAUACAAAAUUGGAUAAUAUAGAUGAAAAUGGCGAAGGAGAGAUCUGUAUGAGUGGACGACACAUUUUUAUGGGUUACUUAACUGAUCCGGAGAAAACUGCCGAGACAAAAGACAAAAACGGCUGGUUACAUAGCGGUGAUCUAGGCAAACUGGAUUCGAACGGAUGUCUGUCUGUUACCGGCAGAAUAAAAGAACUUAUAAUCACGAGUGGAGGAGAAAAUAUAGCGCCACACAAUGUAGAACAGGCAAUAUUGUCAGAGUUGCCAGUGUUAAGUAACGUCAUGUUAAUUGGAGAUAACAGAAAAUUUUUGACGGUUCUUGUUACACUCAAGAGUGAUAUGAGUAUCGAUACUGGCGAACCUUUAGAUACACUGAAUCCAGACGUGUUACAAUGGGCAAAAUCUAUUGGCAGUAAGGCCACAACUGUUACAGAAGUUAUUAAUUCUCGCGAUCCGCUCAUAUAUGAGAAAAUUGAUAAAGCAAUUCAAAGAGCAAAUGUACUCUCUAUAAGUAAUGCCCAAAAAGUACAGAAAUUCGAAAUCCUUCCUCAUGACUUUUCAGUUCCUACUGGCGAGUUAGGACCCACGUUAAAGCUGAAAAGGAACGUUGUCUACAAGAUGUAUACUGAUUUAAUAGAUAAAAUGUACGAAUAAAAUUCACGCGUCAUAUGUGAGAAAAUUUGGAUAAUUUGGACAAAGAAUUUAGAUAAUUAAAUAAUCAAAUUUGGAUAAAAAAGCUAAAUGUAUUGCAAUAUAUGCAACAAUAUGGGAAUACAUUUUAUAGUAACACAAAGUAGUACGCGGGAUAUUUCAUAUUUCAUAUUCUCAAACCGAUAUGUACUUGCACUUAAAUAUCUCUUUUUUUAUUCAAAGUGUUGUAGUUCAGCAACAAUUAAAUUACAUUUAAUUAAAAUUUCUCGUAUACAUAUUUGUAUUUAACACGGUACUUAACACGGUGCAGGGAGAAUUGUUUAUUUUAUACGUCGAAAGUACAGCAAAUCACGUGAUAUAAUUCUAAGUACAAAGUUGCAACUCCAGACUAACUUAUACAAGUACAAAUCUUUUUCUAGACAAUAAAUAAAGAUAUUUUUUCCAUUUGUACUAAAGCUUCACUUAAGCUCGUAGUUAAUAACAUGAUAAAAAAGGAAAAUUACAUCACACAAACUUGAUAUACUAUUUUUGUAAUAUUUUUGCACGAUAAUACUUAAAAAAUAAUAAAAAA